AACUAGUCACGAUGGACGACCGUGCCAGCAAUUCGAUACCCCGCUACCAGCACGUGCCAGUUGUGGGGUGCCGCGACCGGUCCGAAACCUACCUCACCUUAGCCUUUGAAGUAGCCCUAAUAGGGCUGGGCCAGCAGCGCAUGAUGCCCGUAGGGCUCUACGCGCAGGAAAAAGCCUGCAAGCAGGAAGAUCGCUUGAUUGCCCGCCUACAGGAAAUCGAGCUGGACAACAGCCUAGUGGCGGUGCUGCGCCGCCAAGCCAUCAUUCUGUUGGAGGGCGGGCCUUCGAGCGGCCUGGGCAUCGGCAUCCAUCCCGAGUCUAUUCCCAUGCACACUUUCGCCAGGUUCCUGUUCCUGUCGCUUCUGAACUACUAUCCAGACCUGGCCUACGAAGUGGGCCUGAGAGCGAUGCGUCUGCCGCUGCUGGAGGAAGGGGAUGGGGAUGGCGGCCUCCCGGGGGGCUCCAGCGGGGCCGGUUCUCCAGCAGCCAGCCGGCCCCCACGCUGGUUCACUUUGGGGCAUAUUGAGAGUCAGCAGUGCGCCCUCAGCAGCACCAUGCUGAGCGCCGCCAAAGGUAAUGAGGAUGACGCUGUCGUCGCUCAAUUGGAGACGGAGAGAGAUGGUUCGGUGGCUCGUGACCUGCGCCGUUGAGCUGGGCCUGGAGGCGCUGACGUCUCUGAUGCAAAACUGGUUUCAGUUUUUCACGGCCACUGAGGCUGCCGGCCCCGUCGCCACCACCAUCAUGUCCAGGGGCACCAUGGUUCGGUUGCAGCUCGGGUUCCAGCAGCAAGAUGAGCUGAGUUCGUGUGCUCGCACUUUGGCCCUGCAAUGCGCCACUAAGGACCCGCCCAAUUGUGCCUUAAACGCGCUGACUCUGUGCGAGAACGAGGCGCUGGCCUUCGAGACGGCGUACCAGAUCGUGGUGGAGGCCGCUUCGCAUAUAAUGACGUCGUCGCAACUCUUUACAAUCGCUCGCUACAUGGAGCAUCGCGGCUAUCCAGCCCGCGCCUAUAAACUGGCCAUGCUUGCCAUGAAGAACGUCCAUCUGGCCUACAACCAGGAUACACAUCCAGCAAUCAACGACAUUCACUGGGCGAUGGCGCUGGCCCAUUCCUUGGGAAAGACGGAAUUGGGGCACAUGGUGCCCCUGCUGGUCAAGAACGUGCAGUGCGCCACUGUUUUAAGCGAUGUGUUGCGACGAUGCGGAGCGUCCGCCCCUGGAGGACCCACCGGGCCGCCCAUCCAACCAGAUGCUAAACAUGCCUCAGCCCGGACUAGAUGCAUUCCAGGGCCGAAGCCGCUGUCCUUCGACCGACCGCCACUGCGUCCUUUACUGGAGGCGGCAGUCAACGCCUACAUCAACACAACUCAUUCCCGGUUGGCGCACAUUUCGCCCAGACACUAUGCUGAUUUUAUCGAGUUUUUGGGACGGGCCAGGGACACUUUUGCCCUCGCCCACGACGGUCAUGCCCAAUUUGCGCAUCUCAUCGAAAACAUGAAGGUCGCUUAUAAAGGCAAGAAAAAGCUGAUGUUUCUGGUAAAGGAACGAUUUGGCUGAUGACAGCUGAAACGAUGCUGCGCCCAUCUGCAGUUUCGCCCACCCUAUCGGGGUGGCUGUUGUUAACCUGAUUUCUAGUGAUAUUCAAAUGACUAUACUUUAUGAGUUAAGUGCAAUAAGUUUGCUAGGGGCUUUGGUUUUGUUCAAGCCCUGGUUUUACAUCACAUCAGAAUGACGCCAACUGAGCAAGUCGAAGGCCUCCUCUCUUGACGGUCUAUAGGGUGUCUCUAAAAAUCAGUUGCUGAUCCUUGUUUGAGGGUAAAUCUCUAAAUAUAGUUUAGGGACACCGUGUUGCACGCAGGGUGGAUGUUUUUUGUUAGUUUUUCACGCAUAGUGAAAGGAUGAACCGCCAGCACUGAUCAAACCCGAUCUCACAACCACCCUCUAGUACUAAGUACUAACUAGCUUUUUGUUAAUGAUUAUUAUUAUUGUUUAAAUUCCAUUAUUUAUGUGUUUUCUAGUAUGUAAGUACUUGGAUUUAUCAUUUCUACCAAAGAUUGUUUCGUUAUUAGUCAAUUUCGUGUUGUAUUAGAUCGAAGUGGCGACUCGAGGGCAAUUUUUCGAUGUAAAUAGUUCAGCUGACGCCGAGGCGCCGAUUGUACAUACACAUAUGUAGUUCGAACGUGUACAUAACUUGAAUAGAAUCAGUAAUGUUUCGCCAAGCUUCCUCAGUCGCUGCUCAGAAGCGUAAGGUGAGGUUGGUUUUUUGCCUUCAUUCUCUCACUACCGAUGCGACUUCCCUCAUGUGCCUGAGCAGGGCAUUUGUAAGUACAAAUCAGUGUAAUUUAGAGGUUUUCAGGCUUAGUAUUAGGUACCAAAAGUUUUCUACCUCUUGGGCACUUUGGGCUUUUCGAGGAACCAGUUUGCUGUGUCCUUGCAAAGUCACCGUUAACUUGUAAAUGAAUGAACGAUUGCCAUGUUGUACUAAACGAUACAUUAAUCUGUUAAGUAUUAUUUGUCUCUAGCAAGUACCGUUAGUGAUUGAACUGAACUUUGCAAGCGAUUCAGGCUUGCCGAACAAUAAGCAGUGGCCACUUUUCGGCUAAUGGUCUAGUUUAUGAUCGAAUCGCGUUCCACGUUAAACAUAGCCUUAUCUUAAGAUGUUUUACUAACAAUUUUUCUAGGGGAGGUGCGUUUCGCCGCCACUAUUCCCUAAGGAAGCACAGUUGGAUUAUUGCUUUAACCCUUUUUCUUAGUUUCGUUUAAUUUUUGUACUUUUAGUUGUACAGGUACUGUAUUCAACUUCCGUUGAAUUAUGCAAUGGAUCUUCACCAAAACGGGAAUUCACUAACGGCGACUUCCCACUUUGGUGAAAAUUUGGCAAACCCGGUUUCUUCCGAGGAAAAAUCGCCAACUUUAUUGAACGAAAACCCGAGAAAAGUUUUUAGCAAACACAUUAUCUCUAAGACGAGCUAUGGUUAACUUCGAACCCGUUUGUGUCAUCACCUAGUUAAUUGCCACUUUUCAUGUUAUGUUUUACUGAAUUGAGCUGUGAUUUAAUUAUUUUUAUUCAUUAUUAUUGUCGGAGUUGCUCGGCUUGGCCAAUCUGACCGGCCGCGCAUUUUCCUAUUAGUGCCACCAUUUUAGAGCGAUAAACGUGUAUGUGUGUGUUUGUACAUAAAAUAAGAAAUUUGAGCCAAAUCAAGCGCGAAACAAACGCAAUAAUUGGCUCUCUCUGUAAUAUAUCGUACACAAAUGAGAGAGAGAGAGAGAGUGAGCGAGUGUACAUAUGGGCCAAUGAGAAAUUUAAGAGUAGAUCACACGUAGAUUUCCUCAGUUGCGUAAGUGUAUGUGUAGAACUAAUUUAUGGAUUAUUUUUAUGAUAUGAAUAAAUAUUUGUAAUUUA